ACAUUUUCUCUUUCUCUCUUUUCUAUGCAAUUCUGUUUGCUUUUUAUCUAAAGAGUCAUUCUCGGCUCAUGAACACAAGAACCCAAGAGGCUAUCAUUGGGACACAUCUGACUGGAUGCCGAGUGUUCAACUUCCUGGAAUCCAGGAAUUUCCUCAGUAUGAGGUAGUGGAGGCCCCACCCACCAUUUACAGUGACCCCACCCUGUUGGACACGGACUACUAUACCGGCGGAUACGACAUUGAAAGCGACUUCCCUCCUCCACCCGAUGCCUUUACUUCCCACGACGACUUGCCCCCUCCUCCACCCGUGCCGGAGUACGGGGAUCGCUACGGCACAUUGCAGCCCACCACGCGAGCGUUAAACAGCGCCCCCUCUAGUCCCGGAGGAUCUGGAGUACGCCAGCGACCGCCCUUACCCCAACUCUACAGCCUCACCCAAUUCCUACCCCACCACCAUUACUCGUCAGACCCCGAACCCCAGACCAACCCCACCAGCACCAUCACAUCAUCCUCCACCGGAGGAUACCGGCACGGAGGCUUCCCGCUGGGCUAUGGCCGCGACUUCGAUCCCCCCGCUGCCGAUAACAUGUCGCUCUCGCUGUACACGUCCACGGCGUCCUGCUCGGACAUGUCCGCCUGCUGCGAGGAGUCAGAAGUGAUGAUGAGCGAUUAUGAGAGCGGCGGAGAGGAGGAGGGAGCGCAGUUUCAGAGGCUCAUCAUACCGCCGCUGGACUCUCAACAGCAGCAGCAUACUGAAGUCUGACACUGGAUCCAGAAUAUCAAAAGUGCCUAAAUGAAACCCUGCUACAGGAGACUGACUGUGUGUUCAAACCAUAACCACACCACAUACACGGUACACAAACGUAGUCUUACACUUAACGUAAAUGCCAAACAUCCAAACGCACACAUUGUAUACAUCUGUACCUCACUCCAAAAGAGGUUUUGAAAAGACGUGCUUAAACACGAGUUCUCUCCAGUAGCUCUUGUGGGCAGUUAUUAAUAUUAUUAUUAUUAUUUAACAGUAUUGGGGAGAACAUUAGACUUGGCUGUGCCAUUAAAUAAUAUGUUGAUCAUCAUGCACAAGAUCAUGCUGAGAUAUACAAUUUACACAGAAAAUAUAACUGAUAUAUUGUCAUGGAUAAUGGGAGACAAGCAUCAUUUCAAGCAUCAAGUUUCAAAAUCAAACUGAUUUUUUAUACAAAUCCUCAUUCAUUUGUAAUGUAAAUUUUAAUGUACAGUUUUGAUUUCAAGGUUUUACUAGGUUUUUGUAGAUAUUUUUUGCUUUUUUUUCAAAAAAGAAAGACAGGAAAAAGUAGUUUACCAACUCAAAUGGUGUGUAUCAGCCUUACUGUAUGUCCAUUCACAAGCAAAGAAAAUAAUUUUUAAAAAUACAUAAAAAAAAUGUCAAGGAUUUGAAUGUGUGAUCUUUACAACACAUGUUCAUUUCUGAAAGGAUGUCUGCAUAUUCUUGUGAUGUGUUAUGUUUUUUUUUGUUGUUCUUUGUAAAUUGUGACUUUGGAACAUCUUUAUUUUUUGACCAUGAAAAUGGGACCCAAUAUAUUUAUAGUGCGAGAUUAUUCACAGACAUGUGACUUUUUCAGGGUCUGCGUUUGUGUGAGCAAUGCUAUGGUCUUGUUUCAUGAUUUUUAUUAAAUACUGCCACUAGCUUAACUGCUUUACUACUGGCAAUAAAUUAUUCUCUAAAAUGGG